AUGAUGAAAGGACAGAAUAUGCGGGGGCGCCUUCGCCAGCAAGAUGUGGUGUUGGCUCCAGCCAGGGAUCAAACUGCCCGGGCUUUACGGGAAGCUCGACGGACGGGCGUCUUGAGUCUGCCAGCGAGGAAUCUAACCGAGUUCCCGGCUAAAGUGUAUCAUCUAGAAGAACACUUGGAAAAGGACGAGAAGAAGUGGGAAUGCGUUGACCUGGUCAAGAUCGACUUGAGCCACAACGCCAUCCCAUCCAUAUCCGACGAGAUCGCGGGACUAACUUCAGUAACCUCGAUCAAGCUGACACAGAACGCGUUGCAAGUCCUCCCAGAGGGGUUCUUCGAGCUUCAAGCUCUCACGUACCUGGAUUUGAGUCACAAUCAGCUGGAACAAGACCUCUCGGAAAGCUUUGGCGCUUUGGUCGGCUUGAAAGAGUUGGUAUUGUCGGGUAACAAGUUGAGCCGACUACCAGAUUCCAUCGCGCUCCUCGAAAACCUCGAGACUUUGCAUGUCGAUGAUAACUCGCUUACAGCUCUUCCUGAGAGCAUCGGCAGACUGCACAAGCUGCACGUUUUGAUGGCACACACCAAUCAGUUGACAAGGCUGCCAGCAUCAUUCGGAGCGCUGCAAAAUAUGCAGAAUCUCGACCUCAAGAAGAAUCGAUUGGAGUCCACCAGCGACGCGUUGGCUGGGCUGUCACGACUCAAGUUCUUGGAUCUGCGGCAGAAUAAACUCAUCGUCUUCCCAGAGCUUCCUGAAGGUGCGACGCUGGAUCAGGUCUUCUUGGGGUACAACAUACUCUCCGCCAUCGACGAGACGUCCAUUUUGCGCAUCAAAGAUUCCGUCACGGUGUUGGAUAUGCGCGACAACAAGUUUGCCGCUUUACCCGCCAACAUCGCGUGCCUCUAUCUACUCAAAACGUUAGAUGUUGCGAACAACGACUUGUCGGAUCUCCCGCCUGGCCUGGGCUACCUCAAGCACCUUAACCACUUUAUCGUUGAUGGAAAUCCAUUGCGAGCUAUUCGUCGUUCGGUGAUCAGCUCCGGGUGCGAGUCGCUCAAGAAAUACCUUCGUACGCGCGGUCCACCUCCCGUUGGUGUUGAUGUGCUGGAAGAAGAGCGAGAUGAACUGCAGUUGGAGCGAGAACGCUUGGCCCAAGUCGACAAUAACAAGACGGAAGAGCUCCCACCCCCCGCAGUGGAGUACACCGCUCAGUUUCGGGAAGCUGCAGCAUCAGGAACUAUGAUCUUUACGAAUAGCUCGCUUGCUGUGUUGCCGCCGGACUUGGUAGGCCAAGGUCAAUUCAACUUCGGCUCGACCCUGAUCCACCUGAACCUUUCAUCAAACCAGCUACAGGCGCUUCCAGCUUCAGUUGGAGAGUUGGUGAUGCUAAAGACUCUGACAGUGGAGGACAACCAGCUCCAGUCUCUUCAUCCCUCUAUUGCUGCACUACCUCAUCUCGAGCUCCUGCGUCUUCGAAAGAACCAACUUUUAGCUGAAAGUAUCAGUUACUUCCUCGGCGAUUCGCCAGCACUGGGGAAUACAUUAAAGGAGAUGGAUCUGCGCAGCAACAACCUCUCAGCUUUACCCGCUGAAAUCUCCCAACUCCGAUCGCUGGAGACGCUGCUGCUGGCUUACAACCGGAUCGAAACGCUGGAUCGCUUCCCAUGGUCUCAGCUCGCGAAAGUGAGCGUGAUCAGCGUGUCGGAUAACAAACUGCGCUCGCUUGGCCGCAUCUACGACGCUCCACUGCUGGCGUCCCUUUCAUUCGAGAACAACAACCUGGCCAAAGUCCCAUGCGAGCUCGGGUUGUGCCCUCACCUCCGCGCGAUCUACAUGAACGGCAACCCACAGCGCACAGUACGAGGCGCGGUGAUCGCAAAAGGGAGCGCGGAGAUCCUAGUGUACCUGAAAAACAAGCUCCCACCGAACGCGGUGUUGUCUCCGCCCUCCCCAGUGGCAACACCACGAGCUGCCAAGUCGAGUCCCGAGAGAAAUGGAGGCAAGAGUCCAUUCCCUGAUAAACGACCAGCCUCCGGACGUACUGGCAAUACCUACGCAGCUCACGCAGGACAAGCUCCCGUGGCACCGGUUGAGAACUUCGCUCAGUCGAAUAACGAGAACUCUGCUGUCGAGCUGGAGCUGUCCAAGCUGUCGGCACAAAUUGAGCAGCUCGAGUCGCAGCUUGACGACCACGCGCUGUCGGCGCCCAAGCGCUUCGCGUUGAAGAAGGAGCUGGCCGUGGUGCGCUCCAAGAAGAUCCGAGAGGCUCGCAAACUGCAGUGA